CUUCAUGGAGGUGUGUCUCUUCUCAUCAUGGAGGACUUUGUAGAGAAACAUUUAGAACUGAUUGAGCAAGAACGACAAGAAGAAGUGGCCCAGGGACUCUCUCUUCUUUCCACUGAUUUGAAAAAUAUCAAAGAGUUGGAGACUAAAGGAGUCUGUCUCUCAAAGCUUGGGAUUGAGUCUGAGAGAAUUGGUUUGUUUGGCCGCCAUAUUGUCACCUUCUCUCAUCGUUUAGGGAGACAUAAACUCCCUACUCAUUCUAUAACAUGCGGUGACAUUGUGGGUAUCUUUAGCAAGGGCCAGAGUCUGUUGCCAGGGCAACUUGUAUCUGGUGUAGUUGUGAAGUCCUCGGAUGUUCAUUUGGGCGUGGCUUUUGAGGAACUACCUGAAGAAGUAUCCCUGGGUGGUCUUGGUGACUGUCUGCAAGUAGUAAAACUCGCAAAUGACAUAACUUAUAAAAGAAUGAAGAGAGCUCUUAAUGAUCUCAAGUCAAUGGACCCCAUCCUUUCCUCUCAUUUGGUAGACGUACUCUUUCAAGCCACACCUCCUGGCCCCUCUCAUUCCAAAUGGACCUAUCAGCUGGAUCAAUUACAAACUCAAUUUGACUCGAGCGAUUUCAAAUUCUUCAAUCAGUCGCUGGACAGCAGCCAAAAGAGAGCAGUCUUUUUUGCAUUGUCCAGACCCGAUGUUGCCAUUAUUCACGGACCCCCUGGAACUGGUAAGACAACUACAGUCAUUGAGUACAUACUCCAGGAAACUCUUACACUAAAUAAUAAAGUAUUGGCUGUUGCACCCUCUAACAUUGCAGUUGAUAAUCUUGUCGAAAGAUUAGCAGCAUCUUCUCCAAAGUUAAAGAUUAUUAGGCUCGGUCACCCGGCAAGACUAGUUCAAUCAGUACUCCAGUAUUCACUUGAUAGUAUCCUAGCAUCUACUGAUGGAUCUGACAUUGUUCUUGAUGUAAGGAAAGAAAUGAGCUCUGCUUGGAGUAAAGCCGGGAAUGCUAAGUCAUCGUCUGAGAGGCGUAAAUGGCAUACUGAAGCUAAAACUUUGAAGAAGGAGCUGAUAGAGAGAGAAGAAAAACUGGUUCAACAGAUCUUGAGCGGAGCUAAUGUCAUACUGGCCACAAAUACUGGAGCAACGCCCACCGGCCCUUUGAAGCACUUACCUAUUGAUCAUUUUGAUGUGGUUGUCAUUGAUGAAUGUGCACAAUCAUUAGAAGCUAGCUGUUGGAUACCAUUAUCAAGAGCUCCUAAGUGCAUUCUUGCUGGUGACCAUAAACAGCUCCCACCCACCAUUCUCUCUGACAAAGCUGCUCGUGAUGGUCUAGCUGUAACACUAAUGGAGAGAUUAGUAUCAGUCUACAGAGAUCAAGUAACAACACUCCUGACAACACAAUACAGGAUGAAUCACAAUAUUAUGAAGUGGCCCUCGCAGUAUUUGUAUGAGGAUAGCCUCACGGCACACGAAAGUGUCUCACAUCAUUUAUUAAAAGAUCUUCCAACCGUUACCAUCACCACAGCUACGACUAUUCCUCUUCUCUUUAUUGAUACUGCCAGUUGUGGCUUGUACGAGUUAGACACGCCCUCUGAAGAGUCCAAAGGGAACGAAGGGGAGGCUGAGAUAGUACUGGCUCAUGUGAAGGAGUUAAUAGGAGCUGGUGUGAGAGAAGGGGACAUUGCAAUAAUAGCUCCAUAUCAUCUUCAAGUUGGCAUGAUAAGAGAGAGACUAGAGGCUAAUGGUAUAUCAACUGGUAAAGUUGAAGUACACACUGUUGAUGGAUUCCAAGGAAGGGAGAAAGAGGCAGUCAUCAUUUCUUUCACACGCUCAAACAAAAAAGGCGAGUUUGGUUUCCUCAAGGAGCAACGUCGAACUAAUGUAGCCGUCACUCGUGCUCGGAGGCACCUGGCAAUGGUUGGAGACUCUGAGACUAUCUCUCGUGAACCUUUCAUUAAAGGACUUUUAGAGUAUUGUACAAACAAUGGAGAAGUAUACAGUGCUCAUGAGUAUAUAGACACUGCAUCAAUGAUUCAAGCAGAAUCUGUUGCUACUGAUCAACAAGAAGGUUUUGCAAUAAAGCCAGUGGAAGAAAUAAAGAAAAAGGAUCCUCCAUCUCCAGCAGUUGAUAGUAAUAAAUUAGCUCAGCAGAGAUUAUCAUACGAAAAGCAACUAAAAGAAUUUAAAAAGAGCAGUGAAGAGCAAUCAAGCAUAACAUUCCCUAAUACAUUGUCUUCCUCACAGCGUAAAAUAAUUCAUGAACUAUCAGAGGAGCUAGGCCUAUCACAUGUAAGCCAUGGCGAAGGUAAUGAUAGAUAUAUCGUAGUCAGCAGAUCCAGGAAAACUAAUGGAGCUGAAUGCAGUGAUUCUACAACUGAAGAUGAUAAAAUACAACAGCCUCUGAUGAUUAAAGCACCACAAAUUGAAGACACAGUCUGCUGCAUUGAUGAAGAAACUAUUAGUAUUGAUGUGACAGAGAAAAAGAAUUUGUCUAAAGUUGCUUCUCUUCCACCUCCAAGUGAAGCAAAAACUAAGAUUGAUGUUAAAAGUAAAGCAAAAGAUGAAGUGAUUGUAGGAGCUACAGUUGGUGUGUGGCAGUGCCAGAUCUGUGGCAUACAUUUACCCAAAGAAAACAGUGAACUACACCAGCUUCGAUGUGAGAGAGAAAAGAGGAGAGUGGAGGACAUUGUGAAAAAGAAGAAGCAAGAGUCUGAACUGAAAAGCAAAGGCUCUCAAAAGAAAACUAAAUCAGAAAAAGCAAAGCCAGUUGAGCAACUUGAUGAUCUGGAUCUUUUACUUGAAGAAAUGAAGAAAGCAGAUAAAACUUGUAAUUUCUCCGGCUGCAAGAAAAGUGUCAAUCACCUUGGAAUCAUUUGCCCUUUCUGCAAGAAGAAAUACUGCAUGACACACAACAUUGCAGAGACACAUGGAUGUGAGGAAAGAGCAAGAAGAAUGGCAAGAAAGGACCUAGAGAAGGAACUGAGAGGAGAUGGAAAGGGAACUACUGCAGGAAGGAAGAGUGACUCUUCAAAACGUGCUCACUUGCAAAGAAAAUUAGACAAAAAGAUCAACGACUUGUCUGCUGAUAGACAAAGAAAGAAACCAUCAUCAUGACUUAAAUGUAAAUCAUUAAAUGUAAUUUUUAAUUGUAAAACAAUAACACAAGUAAAUCUAUUGCAUACCACUCUGUAUUCAAAGUCCAAGGUGUUCAUUAAUAGCAUCAA